AUGGCACAAGUAAUAUGGAAUUCAGAUAUAGAUGUUUAUAAUUCUCAAGUGAUACCUGUACUGGUUGCUAGAAAUAUAUCGAAAUAUUUAUCUGUGCAAGAUUUAUUAUCUUUUGGCCAAGUAUCAAGAAAUACAUUCAGAACAGUUAAUGAUCCUAAUCUUUGGGUUUCAAAAUUGAAAGAUAUGGGAGUAUGGGAACAUGGGAUUAUGCCCAGCAGCCAAAAAAUUGAAUUAUAUGGAUUGGAUAAUCCAUUGGUAUGUUUGGACAAAGUUGUAAAAUCACCUAAAGUAGCAAAACUUCAGGUACGAAAAAUAUACCGAUGCCUCUACCCUUAUUACAACGAUUUACUUUCUCAUAAACCAUACAAUAAAUUGAAGAUUUUUAAAGAUUUUCAGACACCCGAGGACCAAGCCAAAAUAUUAGACAAUCUUUUAAAGCUCAACAAAAUUGACUAUGAUGAACAAUCGGGUUUAAUAAUCAAAGACAAAAUCAAUUCUUUAUUUGAAAUAUUUGAAAAUGCGCUACUAAGAGAAUUAGAGAUUCAUUAUGAUAUACAAGACUAUGCUAAAACACGAAAAUUCGUCAAAAUUCUAAUUCGUUUAAAAAAUCAGCAGACAUUGAUUGAUUUUUUUCUUCAAAAGAGUAUAUUUGACAAUGAAGAGUGCAGGUUCUUUAAUAUAGAAGAGUUUCAAGCGAAUGAAUACUUUGUUGAAAAAGAAAAUCUUAUAGAUACAAAUUCUUCAGAAGAGGACACCUCAUAUGACCUUAAUAUUAGUUUAUUUGACAAAUUUAUUGAAGAUUUAGCCAAAAUAUUUAAUAAUGAGGCAAGAAUAAUAGAUCAGAUUUUUCCUCAAGAAAUUCCAAUGAUGUAUAAGGUUUGUGAGGAGCUUAUUGCGAAUCAAGUCAUGGAAUUGUUUAUGGCAUUAUUAGAUGCCUCCAAGCCUAAACUAAUGUAUUUAACUUUAGUGCCCUAUUUAUACCAAAUAUUAACAACUACUUUUAUUGAAAAAUUAACUGAAUGUGAGAACGUGGGGCCUAGUUAUCCUCGUUUAGUUCGUGAAUUAAUCGACAUGCUGUACGAAUCGUUCGCGGCUGAGUAUAUACGAGAGGAAUUGCUGAUAUUUAAAGGUAAUUCUAAUCAGAGCAUCAAAGAUUGGAAGGAUUCGUUUUCAAGGCGGGAAGCAGAGACCACUCAGAGUAUCUUAAAGCAUGUUAAGGUUGAAACUAAGAAUGAUUUUUUAACUAGUUUUAAAAAGGUAUUUACUAUCAAUGCUUCGUCUAACAAGGAUGAGAGUGAAUCAGAUGAGAAAAAUUAUUCAGAGAUCCAAGCAAAGACAAAGAUAUUGUCAGAGAAUUUGAAAUCUUUGAACAAGAUAUUUAGUUUAGAAUUGGUUAUGGAUAUUUUAAAGGAGGCGAGAGGUUCAUUCAACAGGUUAUUGAAUUUUAGGGAUUUCUCAAUAGUUGCGUUGAAGAAUGAUAUUUCAGCAAGCACACAAGAAGUAUUCAUUACUGUGAUUGAUUCUACUGGAAAUGAACACUUAAGACCGGGGUUUGAAAAGGCCUUGGAGUAUUUGAAAACAUAUAACCCUAAAGAACUAGAGCUAGAUUCGAAUUCGGAUUCAUUUAUUGAGCCUUUGGUCUUAUAUUGUGAAUUAAUUAAUAUGGCUGAUAUGAUUAUACAGAUGAUAGAUAUUUUUUAUAAAGAGGAAAUGCUCAACCGUCACAUAGUAAAGCAUGAGAAUUCCAUUUUGAAUCCGGCCUUGCAAAACAAAAAGAAACUUGAAGGUUUAGUAGAUAAUUAUGUUGCUGAUGGUUUGAAUAUAGGAAUCGAUGUUUUAAUGACAGAAAUAGAAAAUGCUUAUAAGACUUAUUUGAAAGAUUCCGAUUACAACCCUCCAUCUAAUACUUCGACUGUAAUGGAUGGACCCACGGAGGCAGCGACCAAAGUUGUUAAGAUAUUGGAUAAUAAUAUUGAUUUACUCGUCGGGAGUACUGACAAGUCUAUUGUUGAAGUAUUUCAACAAGAAAUUGCUGAGCGAUUUUUCCAGUUACUAGUGAAAACUUUGAAGAGGAGCACCAUAUCAGUAUCUGGAGCAAUAAACCUUAUAUCUGACUUGAACCUAUAUUACGAUUUUAUUGUUAAUCAUAUUAAGACAAAUAAAAGAAUGAUUAUACCGUUAUAUCAGUCACUUAAGAAAGUUGGCAGUAUCUAUUUAAUAGGAGGUAAUGAGUCGAAAUCUAUCGGAAAAUUGGUUAGUGAUCUAUCAAAAUUCAACGGUAUAUUCGGUCAAGAAGAAAUUUAUGAGUUUGUACAAAGGAGACAAGAUUGGCCGUUAAUUAAGAGGGAUGUUGAGAAGGUUAUGUACGGCUUAAGUUUAGGAGAUUGUGUAAUUAUAUAA